AUGAAGCACCGUAGUCGCGAGCUUCCCCUUCAGGCCUCGGCAGAGAACCAGCGUUUUACUGCCUAUCGCUUCCCCCCCAAACUCCUCUCGGCCAAUCACAGCGGCCCGUCCAGGUGGUGGCGUAAGGGAGCGCUCAGGGGGGGCGAGGCCGCCCUCCGGGCGCUGAUUCAGGAUCAGUUCUUCCUCCCGCUGGCCUCCAUCACCGGUGGAGGCUGGUUUAUCAGCGGUGACCUCAUCAUCAGCUUCGUUGACCUCAUCAACUCGAUGCAGAGAGAGACGGGGGGAAUCCGGCGGAGCAGCUGCAGGCUGAGGACGCAGGAGGACCGGGAUACCAACCUGGACACCAACCUGGACACCAACCUAGACACCAACCGGGACACCAACCUGGACACCAACCUGGACCCCACCCGGGACACCACCCAGGACACCAACCUGGACACCAACCUGGACACCACCCAGGACACCAACCUGGACACCAACCUAGACACCAACCGGGACACCAACCUGUACACCAACCUGGACACCACCCAGGACACCAACCUGGACACCAACCUAGACACCAACCAGGAUACCAACCUGGACACCAACCGGGACACCAAGCUGGACACCAACUGGGACACAAACCUGGACACCAACCAGGACACCACCCAGGACACCACCCAGGACACCACCCAGGACACCAACCUGCACACCAACCAGAACACCAACCGGGACACCAACCGGGACACCAACCGGGACACCAACCGGGAAGCCAACCGGGACACCAACCGGGACUCCAACCGGGAAGCCAACCAGGACACCAACCUGGACACCAACCGGGACACCAACCGGGACACCAACCUGGACACCAACCAGGACACCAAACUGGACACCAACCUGAACACCAACUUAGACACCAACCGGGACACCAACCGGGACACCUUCCGGUCUGAACCGCUGCAGCAGCCGAGGAUCAGCUUCAACCUGCGGAGGAUUCACAGGAACGCUGGCUUCGUUUGGCACCAAAGAUCCGUGUUCAGUCAGCAGCUGUGACCACGUUUGGACUCCUGUUUAUUUUUAUUUUUGCCUCUCGGAAGCAUCAAAUCUCCUCGUCAGUCCGACUCCGACAGGAAGGAAGGAGAGUUUUGACCUCCUGCUGUUUGCAUGAGCGUGAUGCCUUCAGGGACAUCCAUCAGUCCAUCAGGAAAGCAGUCUAGUCCUCGCUGAGGACGUCCACGUCCUCGCCGCCGCCGCCGCCGCCUCCUCCUCCUCCGCCGGGCUGCUGUGUGGCUGCUCUCCAGCGGUUGAUAUGCUGACUGCCCUUCCUCUUCUGCUGAGCUUCAG